AUGGCCUCAUGGCAAAGUUUGCAGAGAUUGCAUCAGUGCAAUUGCAAUUGGUCAACAUUAUGAAGCUCUGACCCAAAUGGAAAAAAAGUUUCCUUCAUUUUCUUUGGUUUUCCUUCCCUUCAUUUCCCAUCAACUAAACAGCAUCUAAAAUCCCCGUCUCUGCGGAAACUCAAAUUUCUCCGAUUACACAGCCACAACAAAGGGUUUUUUUUUUUAAUUUUUUUUAUUUUUGGUCCCCAAAAUGCUUCGUCUUCUCUACCACACUCUCGAACCCAUUUCAAUCUCACAUUCAAGAUUCAAUCUUUAUCGCCGCAACAGCCAACUCAACGGAGUCCUCACUUCCCAUUCAACACCACUCAAUCGGCCGACCUUAUUCACAACAAUAAACCCUAACCGUCACUUCAUCAAGCUCACUUCCAAGUGCAUACCACAAAGUGCAUCUUCACUUUCCAUUUCAAAUCACGAUGGUGUUAGUAGUAGUAAUGGUGAAUCCAUUGAAGCCCAUAAGUCUCAAGGAGUAGUGAAAGAGAAGAGUUUUUGGGGUGCUGUCAGUUUGAUUAUUGGCACUGCCGUAGGGCCUGGAAUGUUGGCUUUGCCUGCUGCAACAAUACAAUCUGGCCCACUUCCAUCGACCAUUGUCGUCGUCCUUUGUUGGGUUUAUGUCAUUUCCUCUAUUCUUCUUGUUGCAGAACUCAGUUUUGCAGCCAUGGAAGAAGAUGGGAUUGCAGAGGUGAGUUUCACUGGUCUUGCAUUGAAGGCGUUUGGGAGUCAUUUUGGUGCUUUUGUUGCAGUGGUUUAUGCUAGCCUUAGUUUCUCUUUGUUAGUGGCUUGUGUUUCCGGCAUAGGUUCCAUAGUAUCUCAGUUGUUUCCAUGGAUGAAUCUUUUACUGGCACAUACCUUGUUUCCUCUUGCUGCUGGGAUUGUGAUUGGGUUCUUUCCAUUCAAAGCAAUUGAUUCUGUAAACAGGUUUUUAUGCUUAAUUAUGCUUCUCUCUAUUACUACACUUGUGGCCAUCGGUUUAUCUGUGGCAAGAGCGAAUGUGUUUGGUUCCUUUGCUCGUGCAUCAUGGAGAAUUUCAUCAAUUUUGCCUGCCAUACCUGUGACUGUACUCACAUUGGGUUUUCAUGUCAUCACUCCUUUUAUUUGUAAGAUUGCUGGUAAUACUGUAUCGGAUGCUCGAAAAGCAGUGCUGCUUGGUGGGACAGUUCCACUCAUAAUGGUUUUGUCCUGGAAUUUGAUUGUUUUGGGGCUUGCUGGGACAAAUGCUGCUUCCUCCUCCAGAGACCCAAUAUCCCUCUUGCUUUCUGUCAAUCCUUCUGCUUUAUCUGCUGUUCAGGGCUUUGCAUUCUCUGCUUUGGCGACUAGCUUGAUAGGGUAUGCUGUUAGCUUUCCAAAACAGCUCCUUGAUACCUUUGGAUUGAUUUUUGGGAAAACCAGUUAUAUGAAACAAACAUGCCCUCAAUCUCUUGCUAAUGGAGCCGGAAUUGGAAGAGUUGGAUGUGUUAUUUACUCAGGCGGGCAAGAUUUUGGAAAUGCUGGGAGCGUAUCAUUCAAUGGAGCAGGGAAACUGACAUCUCGUGUGGAUGGAAUCAAUUCUUCUCACAUUGUGACAUCGCUGGUACUUGGUAUUCCAGUUCUUAUAGCAGCCUUCUAUAGCUCCACCUUUUCAAGAGCUCUAGAUUUUGCUGGAGUUUAUGCGAACUGCUUCCUGUUUGGCAUUCUUCCUCCACUGAUGGCAUAUGUACAGCAAGCCAAGAAGAAGCUCAGGUCAUCCAUUCUUCCAGGAGGAGAUUAUGCGCUGCUUCUUCUUUUUGUUAUUGCACUCAUUUUGGGGAUUUGGCAUUAGAGGUGACAAUCGAACAGCUUCUACGAGGCAAACAAAUGCUGACAUUUUCCUUGUUCUAUACAAUUGGAAAUCCAUGGAAGCGCAAGGGAUAUUGUAGUCCCUCAGUGAGUUCUGUCAACUCAUAACUUCGAUUGCUAAUUCUCCAAUAUGAUAGUACUAGAUCUCAGUAGUCAUUUCUACUGGUAGAUUGAUUAUACCUUCAUGUUUGCAGUUCAAUUCUUCAAGAUGUUUGGUCCUAGUAGAAGCAAUAAUGAAGAAAAAAUAGACGCAAGGUUGACAGAUUAUAAAUAGAUACAUAUUUUUGUAUUUGGAUUUUUGACUAGCAAAUGCAAGUGAGAUGAGUUUUCAUUGAAAAAUAAAGGAAAAAACUAGUAACUGUUCUCAUAUCAUAUUCUCGAAUUCCUGCUUGCUCACAGCAUAUCAGUGCCUGAUUAAUAGAAGCAUAUUCGCCCCAGUUAGUGUUAUUCCAUGCCUCUGCAAACCAUUUAUAGAACAUUUGGAGAUUGUGGCUUCAUUUUUCGUGAUCCUUUAGAUACUCUUGUAAUGCCAAGAUACUUCAGCGUAAUAGAAAAGGAUAGCCGCUGUAAUUUGGAACACCAGCACCAGAAGAUGUCGAUACGGCAUGGUUCUCGGACGAGCAUCUAGUAACUCCCUCGUUGGUGUAACACAUCUCUUGCUUUCAGUUUUUCAGUCAGGGCAGUGCUGGAAGCUAUGUUAUGCUGGCUGCCAGCAAGUAGCUUCUCUUCAAGAAUUCCGCAUGAUAGAUGCAUGCAUCCUGUCCUGAUUCUUUUUUUUUUUGUAUUGAUCAAGCGAUUCUUGUACCAUUGUAGCUCUGAACAAGGCUGCUCACCUCCUCAAUGCUAACUUGAAGUCACUUGUGGAUUUAUGAAGCCACAAAUGCU